ACAGCUACAGCCCGUAUCAGCAGCUAUGAGCGCCGAAGGCAAGAGCAGCAGCAGCCUGGCACUGCUGGACGUGGACAAGUUCGCGCGCUUCAGCAGCUCGACGUUCCGCGCCGACAAGUUCUACAAGACCAUCGGCUACGGCCUGGGCGCCAUGGGCCACCUGCUGGCGCACACGUCGCAGCAGGAGACGGAGACGUCCAAGGGCCUGCGCGCCAUCGCGUCCAACAUCUCCAUGGCGCGCUACGUCAUCCGCUUCACGGGCGGCUUCGAGUCGUACGAGGCCUGGAAGAACGGCUCGUGGUGCUACGGGGACGACAGCGACCACGUGCGGCGCGUCGUCAGUCUGCAGGCGCUGUCCAUGAUCGCGUACUACCCGCUGGAGCACGUCUCCUACGUCGGCUUCGUCGCCCCGAAGCUGCUAAACAUUGACGCGAUGAAGGUCUCGCGCCAGUCGUGUCAGGCGUGGGGGAUCUACAUCCUGCUGGACGUGUACGCCAACGCGCUCCGGAUCCGCGCGUUGACUGCAAAGGAGAAGGAGAUCACGGAGCAGGAAGACCUCUCUGACGAAGAGCGCGCGACCCAGCUCGCCGCUAUCCAGGCUCGUCGUCGGGAGUUGUACUACGUGCAGCUCCGAAACUUCUUCUACGCUGGACCGUGCAUCCACUGGUCACUUGAGAAGGGUUUCCUCCCUGAACCCCUCGUGAGCUUCUUUUGCGCGGCGGAGGCUGCUGUUGGUCUUUGGCGCACGUGGGCAAACACGAAGUAG